AUGAAAAACAGCUUGUGCCUAAUUUUCUGUUUAUUUUUUCUAAACGAGUUUGCAUGUGGGGAAAGGGAAGAAACUAUUGACGCCGUCCCGAAUGUGGCGGUCGUAAAUUUGGAGAAGCCGACUUUGAGGACUCUCCUGAUGGAGAAUCCAGGGGUGGUCGGUGAGGAGGUCAGCGAGGGGGUUGCCAACGGGCAGGUUGUCAAUGAGGGUGUCCCUAGUGAUGACUUACCUGUAGACAGAGUAGCCACCGAAGAAGUGUCACCUGAAGUGGCCCCCUCAGAUGACGCUCCAUCCGCCCUCUCAGUCGAAACUGCAGAAGGGGAAAAUCAAGAAUCGGAGCAGAAAACGCCCCCAGACAAUGCAAAACAGAGUGAUGCCACCCCCGUCGAAGUUACUCACGGUGUGAAUUCCGUAGUAGAGAAUGAGGAGGGAAAACACGUAGAAAAUGACUCCCCAGUGGUGACGAAAGGUCAGCAGGAGGAAGGAGAAGAAUGUUGCAACGAAUGUAGUACACCUUGCGUACCUGAAUGCACAGAAGGUGAUAAUAAUUGCCCAGAAAAAUGUAGCACUGAUGAUGCAUGUACAGAGGACUGUGUCGUUCAUGAGAACUGCGAAGUCGCUGAUUGUCCAGAAUGCUCGGGAUGCCCAAAGGACUCAGCAUGCUCAGAAUGCCCAACGGACUCAGAAUGCCCACAAUGCUCAAAAUGCCCACAAUGCGCAGAAUGCCCACAAUGCUCAAAAUGCCCACAAUGCGCAGAAAACCCACAAUGCUCAAAAUGCCCACAAUGCGCAGAAUGCCCAGAAUGCUCAAAAUGCCCAGAAUGCUCAAAAUGCCUAGAAGACUCAACAUGUGAUGAAUGCGCAAAAUGCCCAGAAGACCCAGAAUGUGCCGAAUGCAAGAGGGAAUGUGAAAUGCGAACUGAAGAAGGGGAAAAUCAAGUAGCGGAGGAGAGAACGUCUGAAGACAGUCCACAAACGGUUGAUACACCCCACGUCGAAGUUGUUAACAGUGUGGAUCCCGUAGCAGAGGAAGCGGAGGGAAAACAACCCGAAAUUGAAGACAACUCGGAUGGUGAAGGGGCCAACAAUGUGAUACGUGAAAUAUUUAACGGCCUCAAAAAUGUUGAAGAUGAGGAAGAAACCGUUUUAGAGGAAACUGAUGAGGAGGAAGGAGACCAGAUGGUCGAUGAAAAUGAGGAAGAAGAGGAGGGAGAGACAUACGAAGGGGAAGAUACCGAAGAUGUUGCACUCGAUGAGGAGGAUGAAGAGGGUGAAAAGGAUGAAGAGGGUAAAGCGGGUGAAGAGGGUAACGCGGGUGAAGGAGGUAAAGCAGGUGAAGAAGGUAAAGCGGGUGAAGAAGGUAAAGCGGGUGAACAGAGUGUGGAGGAACAAAAUGCAGAGGUCCCAUUCAUUGACACUGCAACAAACAACAAAGGAGUUCGUAACAUUAAAACAGAAACCCAUAAUUUAGUAGCUGAUUUGAUUACCAUACUGAACGCAGAUAACGGAAUCGACCAAUCCCUCAAAGCGUUAGCAAAGGAUAUGGCUCAAUAUUUUUUAAAUCACUUAAACGCGGAAAAUGAGAUUGCAUGA